UGAAGCUGACAUUACAUAUGCGGCGAAGCGACGCCUGUUAAUUUACUUUGCUCAAACCGCAGGGCACGCUGCUCUAUUCUUCUUCAUCGCCUUCUUCAUCACAAGCAAUUUUCAAUUCCAUAUUCAUGAAUUCAAAUAUCUCUGUUCAAUCUGGAAACAAGAAGGGUUUCUUCUUCUUUCUUCUUGGUUUUGGUUUGCUCUCUGCCACGUCUUCUGGGAAUUCAGAACUUCCAAUUACUUAAGGCCAUUGUUCGGUGUCCCUCCUCAUCUGUUCGCGCAAUUUCGAGUCUUUCGAAAACUUUCUUAGUUGGAAGUGAUGGUGUCGUCUCAAUUAUCAGGUUUAAGCAGGAAUCACAUUCAAGGGAACUUUCAGAAUCAGUUACUUAUUCCUUCUGGACUUCAUGAUGCUCCUUCGUCAGACGAGUUUGAAUUUUCUGAUAUUUUCGGCCCUCUCUCAGUUCGAACCGCUUUAGAAGCAAGUUCGGAGAACCUUAAAGAUGCUGCUGGUGAACAGGAUGUAAAUGAAGUAGUAUAUGAUGACCCUGCAGUUAUUUUCAAUCGUUCCCAUUCGUUGUUGGGUCCCACAACUCGUGUUAGCCAGUCAUUGAAGCCUAACAAGCUUACAUUGUGUGAGGAUUCAAAGAAAGACAAUAGUGACCAUCAUGCUUCUGAAAGUUCAGGCCAAGAAUGGCAAAGUGUGGGACUUGAAGAUUUUGAAGUUCUUAAGGUUGUUGGACAAGGUGCUUUUGGAAAGGUUUAUCAGGUGAGAAGUGGUACUUCUGAAAUAUAUGCGAUGAAAGUCAUGCGUAAGGACAAAAUUAUGGAAAAAAACCAUGCUGAAUACAUGAGAUCAGAGAGAGAUAUAUUGUCAAAAGUGGACCAUCCCUUUAUUGUGCAGCUCAGAUACUCAUUUCAGACCAAGUACAGAUUGUACCUUGUGCUUGAUUUCAUUAAUGGAGGGCACCUUUUCUUUCAACUUUAUCGCCAAGGUCUUUUCAGAGAGGAUUUGGCACGUUUAUAUACUGCUGAGAUUGUUUCUGCGGUUUCCCAUCUUCAUGCAAACGGCAUAAUGCACAGAGACUUAAAACCCGAAAACAUUCUCCUUGACGCUGAUGGCCAUGUAAUGUUGACCGAUUUUGGCCUGGCGAAACAAUUCGAUGAGAACACAAGAUCGAAUUCUAUGUGUGGGACAUUGGAGUAUAUGUCACCGGAGAUUGUUCUGGGACGAAAUCACGAUAAGGCUGCAGAUUGGUGGAGCUUGGGAAUUCUCCUUUUUGAGAUGCUUACCGGGAAGCCUCCAUUUAUAGGUGGAAACAGACAGAAAAUCCAGCAGAAGAUAUUAAAGGACAAGGUUAAGCUGGCAGCAUUUUUGUCAAGUGAAGCACAUUCACUACUGAAAGGGCUGCUUCAGAAAGAUGCAAGCAAACGCCUUGGCAGUGGACCAAAGGGCAGUGAGGAGAUAAAAAGCCAUAGGUGGUUCAAGACUAUUAAGUGGGAUAAACUGGAGGCUCGGGAAAUUAGGCCGAGCUUUCUUCCCCGAGUCGCCGGAAAGCAUUGUGUUGCCAACUUUGAAGAACGUUGGACCAACAUGUCGCCGGUGGAGUCACCGGCUGCUAGCCCGAAAUUCGGUGAGAACCCCUUCAAGGACUUCAGUUAUGUCAGGCCUUUCCUUCAGAGGAAUGCUUGAUAGGUAAUAGACAAGAAGAAAUGUUGUUUAGACUAAACAUGUAAAAACGUAAACAAUUUUAGGGCCCGUUUAGUUCGCUGAUUCGAGUUUUUAAUUCGAGUUGAGACGC